GCUUUCAUACUGCCUUACCUGUAUUUCCAAGUUACUUUCAUCCAAUUCCCUUCCAAAGAAAAGAAGAGAAAAAUGGCUGGAGCUUUGAUUGGAGAGGCCUUAAUUUCUGCUUCCAUCCAGGUGAUUUGUGACAGAAUUGCUUCACCCGACUUCAUCGACUUAUUUCGGCACAAGAAACUCGAUCAACCUCUCCUCAUGAAACUAAAGAGGACCCUGUUGACCUUGAACGCAGUCCUCGAUGAUGCAGAGGAGAAGCAAAUUGAGAAACCAGCUGUGAGAGAUUGGCUUGACGACCUCAAACAUGCAGUCUUUGAUGCUGAGGACUUGCUGGAUGAGAUCAACUAUGAAGCUUUGCGAUGCAAGCUAGAAGGUGAAGCUCAAACAGCGGACAAAUUAACCAACAAGGUUCGGAACCUCCUCUCUACUUCUCGUAAUAAGUUUUAUCAAAGCAUGAAUGCUAAGAUACAAGAGUUGUUACAAAGAUUAGAACAUUUUGUACAACUGAAAGGUGCUCUUGAUCUGAGAGAAGAUGUUGGGAGAAAGGUUUCACAAAGAACUCCAACAACUUCCUUGGUUCAUGAACCUUGUGUAUAUGGGAGAGAUGAAGCCAAACAAAAUUUAUUAGAAGUGUUAUUCGAUGAUGCAAGCGAGGAAAAUGUGUCUGUCAUCCCCAUUGUUGGAAUGGGUGGGGUUGGCAAGACAACCCUUGCUCGAAUGCUUUACAAUGACAAUAAGGUGAAAGAGCAUUUUACCCUUAAGGCUUGGGCUUGUGUUUCAGAAGAUUAUGAUGCUAUCAGGGUAACUAAAACUCUUCUCCAGUCGGUGACUUUAGAACCUUGUAAUAAGACAGAUCUGAAGCAAAUUACUCUUCUCGAGUCAGUGACUUCAGAACCUUGUAAUAAGACAGAUCUGAAUCAAAUUACUCUUCUGACAGAUCUGAAUUUGCUUCAAGUUAAGCUAAGUGAAGAACUGAGUGGGAAGAAAUUUUUGUUUGUAUUGGAUGACUUUUGGAAUGAGAAAUAUACUGAUUGGAACUACCUCCAAACUCCUUUUACUUCAGGGGCAAGGGGAAGUAAAGUCCUCGUAACAACACGGAACAAAAAUAUAGCAUCUUUCAUGCAAAAUGUUCCUAUUCACACCUUGAAACCAUUGUCGCAUGAAGAUUGCUGGUUCUUACUUGCAAAACAUGCAAAUGUAAACUCUAGUUCUGAUCCAAGCUUGGAAGAAAUCGGCAAGAAAAUUGCACGCAAGUGCAAUGGGUUGCCUUUAGCUGCGCAAACACUUGGCGGUGUGUUACGUUCGAGGCCAGACUCUGAGGUAUGGAACAGAGUACUAAACAGCAGCAUUUGGGACUUACCUUACGAGAAAAGUGACAUUCUUCCCGCUCUAGGAUUGAGUUAUCAUUAUCUUCCAGCUAAGUUAAAGCGAUGCUUUAUUUAUUGUUCAAUUUUUCCAAAAGACUAUGAAUUCAAGGUAGAAAAUGUUGUUUUUCUUUGGAUGGCGGAAGGUUUAAUUCCCCAAGCGGAGAAUGGGGACAGCAUGGAAGAAGUGGCUAAGGAAUAUUUUGAUGAACUGUUAUCCCGAUCAUUGUUUCAAACGUCAGGGAAUUCAAGUUUCGUCAUGCAUGAUCUCAUCAAUGACUUGGCGGUGUUCAUGUCUAAAGGAUUUUGCUCCAGGUGGGAAGGGAAGGAAUCACAUGAAGUAGAAAGAGUUCGCCAUUUGUCUUAUAGCAGGGAAGAAUUAGAUGUUGCUGUUAAAUUUGAGCCAUUAAAAGGGGCUAAGUGUUUGCGUACCUUUCUAUCUCUCUCUUUAAAACCAUAUUUUAGGUAUGUUGACAGUUAUUAUGUAAGUAAAAAGGUUCUGCAUAAUUUGUUGCCAUCACUAACAUGUUUACGGGUGUUGUCGUUGUCCUGUUAUAAGAAUGUCACUGAGUUACCUGAUUCCAUUAAAAAGCUCAUUCACUUGCGCUAUUUGGAUCUCUCCGAUACUGCAAUUGAAACGUUACCCAGUGUACUUUGCAGCCUCUACAAUUUGCAGACAUUAUUAUUGUCAAAUUGUUCUCGUCUCGUUGAAUUACCGGCAGACCUGAGAAAAUUGAUAAAUUUACAGAAAUUAAUGUUGGGAGGUUGUAAGUCUCUUACUAAAUUGCCUGUAGACAUGUGUGAAUUAAUUAAUUUGCAUCAUCUUGACUUCAGUGGAACUAAAAUUGUAGAGAUGCCAAGGCAAAUGAGUACAUUGAAAAGCUUGAGAACAUUGUCCGCUUUUAUUGUGGGCAAAUCUACUGGGUUGACUAUUGGAGAAUUGGGGGAGCUUCCACAUCUUGGAGGAAAACUUUCAAUUUUGCAGCUACGAAAUAUAGUUGAUACUAGGGAUGCCUUGCAAGCAAAUUUGAAGGAUAAGAAAGAUCUCAAAGAGUUAGAGUUGGAAUGGGGUGGUGAGGAUGCGGAUGAUUCCCAAAAGGAGAAAGAUGUACUUGAGAAGCUCCAGCCUUGUGUGAAUCUGGAGAAACUAACCAUCAGUGGGUAUGGUGGAAAAGAUUUCCCGAAUUGGCUAGGCGGCUCGUCCUUGUCCAACAUACAAGUCAUGUGUAUUAGUGAUUGUAGUAAUUGUUCGUCGCUGCCACCGGUUGGGCGGCUACCUACCCUCAAAGAGCUCUACAUAACAAAAAUGAAACUUGUUAAGAAGAUUGGUGUUGAGUUUUAUGGCAGCACUGGAUCUUCUGUAAUUCAGCCAUUUAAAUCACUGGAGAGGCUGGAGUUUUGUAACAUGGCAGAGUGGGAGGAAUGGGUACCAAGUGGAAGUGGAGGUGUAGACUUUCCUUGUCUCCAGGAGCUCAUACUACGGCAUUGUCCAAAGCUGAGAGGAAGCUUGACUUGUGAUCUGCCUCGCUUGAAGAAGCUUACAGUGGAAGGGUGUGGGGUUUUACAUGAUCAAAGGGCCACUACUGCUACUAGUGUUAAAAUGGAUUACAAAUCUCUUGAAGAAUUGAUGAUAGGAGGAGGAAUUUUUGAAACUGAACAAACACUUGGCGGUGUGUUAUCAUUACUAGAGACAAAGCUCCUGUCCAAACUUGAGAUUUGGAGUUUAAAUGACAUACAGUGCUUGCCCAACAUCAAUCGUCUUCAAAGUUUGAGUCUAAUUAAUUGUCCAACCCUGUCGUCGUUCCCUGAAGAUGGGCUACCCACUACGUUGACAUCACUUGUGAUAGACUUUUGUAGUAGAUUAGAAUUACCUCAUGAGUUGUUGGCCAAAUUAACAUCGCUCUGGCAUUUGACGAUAUUCCGUAGCUGUGAUUCAAUGAGGUCCUUCCCGCUGGGCAUUUUUCCCAAAUUGACGUCGCUUUUCUUUAGCGAGUGUGAGAAUCUGGAAUCCCUUUCCUUGAUUGAAGAAGAAGGAGUUGAUGAGAAUCUCAGUCGUCUCGCUAUCUCACACUGUCCAAAUCUGGUUUGUUUUCCCUGGGGAGGAUUGCCCGCUCCCAACCUGACUUCAUUGGAAUUCAUCAAUUGCAAGAAGUUGAAGUCAUUACCUGAACGCAUUCACACCCUCACACGCCUUCGAUAUUUGAAAAUAGGGGAUCUUCCAAAUCUGGAGUCAAUUGCAGAAGAUGGGGGUUUGCCUCGCAACCUCCAAUAUUUUACCAUUGAGAACUGUGAGAGACUGAGGGCUUCAUCAGUGGCAGAGUACUGGGGUUUGCAAGGACUUGUCUCCCUUGAAAAAUUUGGAAUUGGUGGCAGGGGAAGUGACGAAAUCUUGGAGACGUUGCUCAAGCAACAGCUGCUCCCUAAAACUCUUCAACGCCUCGAGAUCAGUCAACUUUCAAGUCUGAAAUCUUUGGACUCAAAGGGACUUAAUGACCUCACUUCUCUUUCUUUUCUGAGCAUCUCUAAUUGUUCUGCCCUGGAAAAAAGGUAUAAGAAGAAGACAGGAAAAGCUUGGGCUGACAUAUCUCACAUUCCAUGCAUCAAGAUAGGCAAAGAAGUGAUCAUAUGAUAUGAGCUCUCUCUCUCACACACAUUCCUUGCAUCCGAUGUUUCACUCUCAACUCUCAAAUCAAACUCAGCCUUUUGCAGGACAGCAUACCUUCUCGUAGAGAGCUUUUCAUUUGCAAGGUUUCUUUGCGUGCCAUUUCCAGAUGAGGGGUUUGCCAUUGUUUAUAGCCUUACAGUUGUUACGACGAGGAGAAACAGAGAGGCUCGCCUGGAAUAUCUCAAUUUGACGCAUUUCUGCAUACAGGCAUCGAAUGUACAACAUUUUUAGAAGCCUACUUUUGACAUAGGUGGCAUGGCACAAACUUGCAUCCUUACUUCCGUCCCCAUUGGCAUAGGUGGCUUUCUCAUCUUCUUCAUUCUGUUACCAGCUUGAAGCGUGUGUAGAUAUGCUUUGCUCUUGUAGUUCUGAUCACAAAAAUCGGUUCACAAAUGGAAAGUUACAAUUAGAUCCAUUAGCAGAAGAUCUGGAGGGGAAGUGACAAUAUCUUGGAGACGUUGCUCAAGCAACAGCUGCUUCCUACCACUCUUCACACUCAACGCAUCAACGAAAUUACAAGUCUGAAAUCUUUGAACAGAAAGGGAAACCUCACUUCUCUCCAACACCUACGAAUGGAAAGCUGUCCUACUCUCGAAUUUCUGCAACUUCAACACCUCACUUCUCUUCAAAGGAUUUAUAUUAGUUGGUGUGACAAUCUCCAAUUCAUGCUAAAAGAGGGUUUGCAGCCAUCUCUUUCUUUACUUCUGAUCUACAAAUGUUCUGGCCUAGAGAAAAGGUAUGAUAAUAAGACGGGAAAAGAUUGGGUUAACAUAUCUCAAAUUCCUUACAGCUGAAACUUGAUAGUUGAAGGUGUUGAUAGUCCCAGUCCAGUACAGACAUACCCAGUCUAGCCCGGAUCAGAAGCAUCUAUCCAGGCAGAAAUGGAAGUCCAGCCCUCCUUUUGUCUUUUUUAGAGUUGGCUUUCCUUUUUGAGCUUUGUAAAAGGUAGUUCUGCCUAAAACAGUUCACUUUCUUAUAAUUUAUUUUGGCCAGAGCUACCAGUUUUGUACUGUGAAAAAACGUGAAGUCCUCACUCGUCUGAGGCAAGAAAAGAACUUACUUGAGAGAUAUUCCUCACCCAAAUUCACAAUCGCUUGUAACUUGGGGCGCAAGUUAUCUAUUUUUAAGAAGUCUAUUAGGAUUUUCAUUGUUGGUAGUGGCACGCUUGCACACUAAAGAAAGUUGACUUAUUAAUCAGUCAAUAAUUUUCGAGAUAAUAGGGAACUUUACCAUACCAUCGCAUGAACAAAUGUAAAACGGAUGAACAUUUAGUUGAUUUGAUUUAAUUGCUUUCUUCAAUUUGAA